UUUGACGCGCGGUUUUGCGGUGCUAGCUGCAGGGCCGGCCGCGUGUUUUGCGGUGCUAGCUAUGCAGGGCCGGCCGCGGUGUCAGCCGCGCAGCCUUUCGGCUGUCUCGCGCGGUUGCCGAAACUCUCCCUGUUCCCGAGCGCACAGCAGAGAUCUCUGCCUGGAGCUGCCGAAUGCACGAUAGACAGCUCCGCGCUCGAUCGGUAUUGAUGGGCAAUUGAUUGGCUUCUUUUGUGGCACUUGCUGCCAAGGCGAACCCAGGAAUGGCUUCGUUUUUGCAGCUUUUUGCUCCCCCCCUCCAGAUGCCUGCGGAGAGGAGAAAUCAUAAAUGGAAGGCAAGCUGUAGCCCGGGGAGCCAUCCCUGUGGAGAAGCAUGCAUGCUUCACCGGAAGAGAACUCCGAAAAACAAAACGGGUUUUACGAGCCCAGCGCAACUUUUUUCUUAGGCAUCGAUCAGUGUGUUGCGUAAAUAACGCAGAUCGCCAAGUACGCGCGACGCAACGCCGCAUUGAUAAUCGCCGGGCUCAGGAGAGCUUGCAAGUUGCAAGUUGCAACCUGCUCUCUCAGAGUGACCCGAGUAAAACAGGUCGAUUCGCUGCGCGCGCGACACCGCCGCAACGCGAGGGCGAACCCUCAAAACACGCCGCGAGCGCGCCGCCGAACCACGAUGCUCGCCGCCCGCCGCCGCCCCGGCAAACUGCCCGAGGGUUUCUAUGCGGCCGCGGAAAAAGAGGCCGACCGCGCGAUGCACACCGCGGUCCGCAAGGAGAGCCGCCCGCGGCCGCGGCCGCUCUCGAACAAGACGGACUGGAGCCACGCCAAAAUAAAAAUUGGGCCGCGGCACCAGGCGUCGCUGCCGCGGCUCGACCGGCGCCGCCCGCCGCCCGCCGAGGGGCGGGGCGGGUCGUUUGUGGAGGACCCCGCGGCGCUCGAGCGCGAGAUGGCGAUACGGGGCAAGGACUGGUCGCCGGAGACUUCUCAAAAAUUCGAGCGCGCCGUGCGCAAGUACGGCGACGAUUUAGAUAAGAUCCGAAAAUCCGUCGGCACGCGGUUGCGGCGCGUCGUAUCGCGCCGUGCGGAAAUCGCGGAAAUCAACUCUUCGUGGCGCCACGCCAUCGACGCGACGUACCGCACAGGUCGCGCGCUACUUCCUCGUCGUCGGCGAUCCCGAUCCCAACACCGACGACGAGGACGACGCCGGCAUCAUCGCUGUUGAUGAAGACGAGUCGCGGCUCGUCGCCGAGUUUUUGGAGGAGCUCCGCCGCGGUUUGGGUCCUACGGCCCACGCCGAGGCCCUGGCCACGCUCCGCCGCUACGACCAGGGGCUCCUGUCGGAGAAGCAGGUCGCGCGGUCCAUGGACCGCCUCUUCGCGCGCGGCCGGGACGACGAUUUGCGCGACGCGUUCCGGUACUUCCUGCCGGCGGAGCUCGCCGUGUAGCGAGCGGUCGCGGCGACGGCGUACCGCCGGCUAAUAUCUCGUUUUCCAUAGCAACCCAACAAACAGAACGAACAGAACAGACAGGACCGGCCGGUUUUC